AUGAGUCACGAGACGGUCGGCACCUUGCUGGCCGUCAUCGCCAACAGCCUCAAUGACGCCCUACGGGCCAUGAUGCUUGCCGACAAGCGCGCCUGGGCCCGCGACGAGUUUGAGCAGCUCCGCCAGCUCGAGGAAACGCUCGACCUUGCCAAGAAGGACUUCCAGGAGCUACCCGCGCUGGUCAAUGGGCAGCUGUACUACGAGAAUGACCGGACAGGCGAAUCGCUCGAGGACCUGCGCGUGCUGUGCACACGAUUCGAGCUGCACGCUCGCACAUUCAAGGAUUGGCUGAGGAUGGGAGGCCCCGUGGACCCGACAUGGGCGAUCGAGACGAAGAAGCUGCGGCGAGAGCUGCACCGCGCGCAGUGCCGGGCCGUCAAGCGGAUACACGCAACACAACAACAGACGAGGGGCCGCUGUCUGGGGGCGCAGCACGUGUACAAGAUCCAGCAGCAGCAGAAGCGGCAACCUUUAGAUGCCGUGGACCAGCAGCAAAGGGAGCAGCAGCGGUUGGAGGAGACUGCGGCGUGCAACCAGACGGGCGCUUUUGAGCGGUUCGGCGACACGGACGUGGCAUUUGUGUGCGACUUCUGUGAUGGGUACAUUGUCUGGGAGGACCUGCGCGAGAUGCCGGCCACGAGAACGUACCUCGACGAUGCUAGUGCGUAUCAGGGACCUGGAGGCGGGGAUGAGCUAGAGCCAAUGAGUGCGACGGCGAUCGGUCACCUCGCCCCGGCGUCGACAUGGCCGAGUCAAACGAUGCCCUUUGGUGCAGGCAUGGGCCUGGACUCACUGGCCAACGGCACACCCUCCCGGAAAUCCACCGGGACGGCAACCAUAACGGACGUGUCGCCGCGCGACAGCACAGACGACAGCUACGCCGCAGCCCAGCGACAAUGGCAGGCUCUAGGCUACUCAAAGAUCACCGGAGCAGAGAAGCCCAUCGUGUUCGCCCCGCUCGCCAUCGCGAACCACAUCCCGCCCGACUCGCGGGACUGGCAGGCCGGCCUGCUCUGCCCGUUCUGCGACGACUACUACUACGUCGAGCAGGGGGACCCGGACGCGGACCAGAUCAAGUACGUCCAGAACGAGAACGGAUUCGAGGACCUCGGUGCGCUCAAGGAGCAUCUCGAGUGGUACCACGCGCCCAUGGUGUCAACGGGGAGCUCGAGCUGCAGCGUCAUGUGA